UUUGAGCCUCAUUCCUGCUGUCUUUGUAUCAAUAUAGCCAGCCAAUAUAGAAAGAGAGAGCAGCCAUGGUGUCAACUACUUCAAGUUUUCUACUUCUUCUUCUUGUUUCUUCUUCCUUGUUUGUAACAGAAGCUCAGAUACCUGCUCCAGUUAAAGGUCUUUCAUGGAAAUUUUAUGAAUCUAGUUGCCCUCAGCUUGAAUCCAUUAUUAGGAAGAGACUUGAAAAACAGAUCAAGGAUGAUGUUGGCCAAGCUGCUGGCUUACUACGCCUUCAUUUCCACGAUUGCUUUGUUCAGGGAUGUGAUGGUUCAGUUUUGCUAGAUGGAUCAGCAGGAGGGCCAAGUGAACAGACUGCAAUUCCUAAUUUGACCCUAAGAAAGAGAUCAUUCAAGAUCAUUGAUGAUCUUAGGAAAAGGGUUCACAAUGCAUGUGGGAAAGUUGUGUCUUGCUCCGAUAUUACAGCUAUUGCUGCUAGGGACUCUGUUGUCUUGACUGGUGGGCCCAACUACAAUGUGCCCUUGGGAAGAAAAGACGGACGGACCUUUGCAACAGAACAAGCAACCUUAGACAACCUUGUUGCGCCAUUUGCCAACACCACAGUCGUCCUCAGUCGGCUUGCAACCAAGGGCUUAGACGCCACCGACGCCGUCGCUUUGUCCGGUGCCCACACCAUCGGAAUCAGCCACUGCACUUCCUUCACCGACCGUCUCUUCCCUAACCAAGACCCAACCAUGGACAAAACAUUCGCCAACAUCCUUAAACGCAGCUGCCCCACAGCUAAUUCUAACAACACUGUCAACAUGGACAUUCGAAGCCCUAAUUUAUUUGACAACAAGUACUACGUUGAUCUCAUGAAUAGGCAAGGGCUUUUCACAUCCGAUCAAGAUUUGUUCACUGAUAGAAGGACUAGGGGAAUUGUCGAGAGCUUUGCUAAGAACCAGUCGCUGUUUUUUGACAAGUUUGUGAUUGGUAUGAUCAAGAUGGGACAAUUGAACGUGGUGACUGGUGGAGAUGGUGAGAUUAGGACAAAGUGUGAUAGGAGGAACAAGAAUAAGAAGCUUGACAUUGCUACUGUUGUUGAAGAGUUGGAGGAAACUUUCUCUGCUUUGUUUUAAGUUUAGUCUUUUGUUUUUGUUUCAAAAAAGCUUUUUAUUACUUUUUUUGUAAUAAUAACGAGUGUCUUAGCUAGCAUAACUGCAUAAUAAUAACCUUUUGUUUUGUGAUGUAAUGUAAGGAGAUGUGUUUGUGAUCUCCUUUAUCUUCUUUUUUUUUUUUUUUACUUUUAAAAAAGUCUGCAUUGCUUGCUCCAUAUAUGGCUGGGAAUCUGGUUCUGGUGAUGAUGAUGGUAUUAAUUAAUUUGCAAAUUGCAGCUUUUAGAGCUGAGACUAUGGAUUGAUUAA